UUAUUCUGCGUUUCGCGGUUGCUUCCGCUUUUUUGCGCUUGCGCCCGGAACUCUUGGAUGCCGGCAUCCGGCUCUGAGAAGGGAAGAUGGCGCUGGACGGACCGGAGCAGCAGAUGGAGUUGGAGGAGGGCAAAGCCGGGAGUGGACUACGGCAAUAUUACCUGUCCAAAAUCGAGGAACUGCAGCUGAUUGUGAAUGACAAGAGUCAAAAUCUCCGACGUCUGCAAGCACAAAGAAAUGAGCUAAAUGCAAAAGUGCGCCUGCUUCGGGAGGAGCUGCAACUGUUGCAGGAGCAGGGGUCCUAUGUGGGGGAAGUGGUCCGGGCUAUGGAUAAAAAGAAAGUUUUGGUUAAGGUACAUCCUGAGGGGAAGUUUGUGGUGGAUGUAGAUAAGAACAUCGACAUCAAUGAUGUGACCCCCAAUUGCCGUGUGGCCCUUCGAAAUGACAGCUACACCCUGCACAAAAUUCUGCCCAACAAAGUAGAUCCAUUGGUAUCUUUAAUGAUGGUAGAAAAAGUGCCUGAUUCAACCUAUGAGAUGAUUGGUGGCCUAGACAAGCAGAUUAAGGAGAUCAAAGAAGUGAUUGAACUGCCUGUUAAGCAUCCUGAGCUCUUUGAGGCACUAGGCAUUGCACAGCCCAAGGGUGUAUUGCUGUACGGACCUCCAGGUACAGGCAAAACUCUUUUGGCUCGGGCUGUGGCUCAUCACACUGACUGCACCUUUAUUCGUGUCUCAGGCUCAGAAUUGGUACAGAAAUUCAUUGGUGAAGGAGCACGAAUGGUACGGGAGUUGUUUGUCAUGGCCCGAGAACAUGCCCCCUCCAUCAUUUUUAUGGAUGAGAUUGACUCCAUUGGUUCAUCACGGCUAGAAGGUGGCUCUGGGGGAGACAGUGAAGUGCAGCGAACAAUGCUAGAAUUGCUUAACCAACUGGAUGGUUUUGAAGCCACUAAGAACAUCAAGGUUAUCAUGGCCACUAACAGAAUUGACAUCCUGGAUUCUGCUCUACUUCGCCCUGGUAGAAUUGACAGGAAGAUUGAGUUUCCACCCCCUAAUGAGGAGGCACGAUUGGAUAUUUUGAAGAUUCACUCUCGGAAAAUGAAUCUGACCCGGGGCAUCAACCUACGGAAAAUUGCAGAGCUCAUGCCUGGGGCAUCAGGGGCUGAAGUGAAGGGUGUGUGCACUGAAGCUGGAAUGUAUGCCCUUCGAGAACGGCGUGUCCAUGUCACCCAGGAAGACUUUGAGAUGGCAGUAGCCAAGGUCAUGCAGAAAGAUAGCGAGAAGAACAUGUCCAUCAAGAAACUAUGGAAAUGAAAUGGUCAGCCUUACAUCUCCCAAAUAAAGCUCUCUGGGACAGUUAA